AUGCUGGUUUUACUAUUAGUAUAGAUAGGAAGUUCAAUGCCAAUAUAUGGAAACUUCUCUUAAUAUUAUUAUUAUGUAGAAUUGAACAAUAAAAAUUGGAUUUUAGAUUAGGCUUUUGAUGGUGCUAUAGAAGACAGAGAAUGUCUAGAUAGCAACAAUUCAAAAUCAUAAUUUUUCUUUGCAUAAAGAUUUAUAUAGAUUCGUUCUCUCCCUUUAAGUGAAAAAAUGAUAAACCAAGCUGAUAGUGCAAAUUACAUUUGUCAAGAUACUUGUAAAAUGUAGUUGGGAGAUUUUACAGUCAAUAAUUAUUGUGGAUAAUACUACAAUUACUAUUAAGAAAUUAAUAAUUAUUUAGGUCUUGGUUAAAUAGUACAAAAUCCUAAUAGCGAUUAGUAACUUAAAUUAUGUUUGGCUCAAAAUGGAGGUUACAUGAAAAUUGGUAAUUUUGAAAAGGAUGAGCAACAUAUUAAAAUUGAUUAUGUCUAAUUAGAUUGUUUUAUGGAAUCUAAUUGUUAAAAGAAUAGAUUAAAAUUCAUCGGUUUAGAAAUAAAAUAAUUAUUCAUAUAUCCAUAGAGUUUAAUUGAAGUAGUAGUGGAUUUCACAAACACAUAUGUUGAACUUCCUUCUUAUAUGUAUUUGCCAUUAAUAUAACAAAUAUAAUGUUAAGGAGUUUUCUGUCCAAAAAGAAAUGACUCAGAAGGACUGAUAUGUUAUGAUAAUGACUAUGAUAAUGUAGAAAAAUUUUAUCAAAAGUUUCCUAACAUUCGCUUUUAUUUUUAUGUAUCCUCAAAAUUUUUUUGGUUUCCACAAGAUUAUUUAGUUACACAUGAUAACAAGACUUAUUGUUUUCCUGUAAGAGGAGGAAGUAACUUUAUAAAUUAUUCUAAAUAGCAUCCAAAAUCAUUCUGGGUUAACCAUUUAUGAGAAAUAAAGAGUUUAUUUUUGGAAAAGAGAAAUUAAUUGUCAAUUAUCAAAAUUGCUCCGAAGAAACUAGUCUUGAUGCUCCAACAAUAUCAUUGUAUAUAGAAAAGGAAAUCUCAAAAUUUUACAUAGGCAUUUCAUUGCUCAUAUCUACAUUCAUCAUUUAUUACAUUCUACUUAAGUUUAAAUAGAGGAAAGCAAAUUAAUAAUUGAUUAAUCCACAUAUUCAAUGA